GGGGAGCGGGGGUCGUCCUCUACUUGUCUGCUCUCGGGACAGUACAGUGAGGUGCCAAGCAUGUGACCCUCUUCACUUCCUCAAGAAGUCACGCACCAAACACUUACCCCCAUCACCACCACCGCAGCAAGAGCUCCGCCGCUCCGCUCCGCUCCUCUCCCCACCCCUCUUCUGUCCCCUCCCCUCGCCCCCCUUCCUCGACCUCCGGGGGAAGGACUCGGAGAGGCGCGCGCGGCCAUGGCGUCCAGCGCUUCCCGGUUCAUCAAGUGCGUCACGGUGGGCGACGGCGCCGUCGGCAAGACCUGCAUGCUCAUCUGCUACACCAGCAACAAGUUCCCCACCGACUACAUACCCACGGUGUUCGACAAUUUCAGCGCAAACGUGGUGGCGGACGGCACCACCGUGAAUUUGGGCCUUUGGGACACCGCCGGGCAGGAGGAUUACAACCGGCUGAGGCCUCUGAGCUACCGCGGCGCUGAUGUUUUUGUGCUUGCCUUCUCUCUCGUGAGCCGAGCUAGCUAUGAGAAUAUCAUGAAGAAGUGGAUACCGGAGCUUCAGCAUUACGCGCCCGGCGUGCCGGUUGUGCUGGUAGGCACAAAACUGGAUCUUCGUGAAGACAAGCACUAUUUGCUGGACCACCCUGGCAUGAUACCCGUUACCACAGCACAGGGGGAGGAACUUCGUAAGCAAGUUGGUGCUUUAUAUUACAUAGAGUGCAGCUCAAAGACACAACAGAAUGUCAAAGCUGUGUUUGAUGCUGCUAUCAAGGUAGUAAUCCAGCCCCCAACUAAACAAAGAGAAAAGAAGAAAAAGAAACAGCGCCGGGGAUGUUCUAUGAUGAACUUCGGUGGAAGGAAAAUGCUAUGCUUCAAAUCCUGAAUGAUAAAGGAGAAGGUGUCUCUUGCCUGAAGCGAUUGCCAUGGGUGUGCAGCGCCAAAUUGACAAACACUCGAGAUCCGUUGGAUGUGCUGAUUGCACGGUCAAUGUGUAUAUUUGCAUCGUCGGUAAUUAAUUACUAGAGUUAGAUGGUUAAACUAGCCCUUGCUUAUGUGCUGCAGAAUGCCCGUGUUUUAUUAGCAUUCAUCGUGUUAGGAAGUUGUGUAGAAGCAAACGAGAUUUUGCUGUGUCAGUGACAAGGUCGCAACUUUUGAAGUCUCGGUGUAUUCUCAGUUCAGUUUAGUCUAUUUUCUGAUUCCA